AUGAAUCAGAAUCUGGGGAACCUAACCACCAUUAGUUAUUUCACAUUGAAAGGUAUCUCAGACCGCCCUGACCUACAGGCUCCAAUCUUUUGGAUGGUCCUGUUCCUGUACAUUGCUGUGCUUAGUGAAAACAUGAUCAUUUCUUUGCUAAUUGCAUGGGACCAUCGUCUCCACACUCCCAUGUAUUUCUUCCUAUUCAAUCUAUCAGCUUUGGACAUUCUCUACACAACCAUCACCCUCCACAAGAUACUGGGAAUAUAUAUUUCAGGUAUUAACAGGAUCUCUUUCAAUGACUGUAUUGCACAAAUGUACUUUUACAUCUCGGCUGUUUGUAAUGAGUUCCUAAUUCUGACUGCCAUGAGCUUUGACCGCUAUGUUGCGAUAUGUAACCCCCUCCAUUACUCGGUGAUCAUGAGUAAGCGAGUCUAUGCCUCGCUGGCUGGAGUUUGUUGGGUGUUGAGUGCCAUUGAGGCCAUUCCACAAACCUAUUUGAUCUCUGGACAUUUCUGCUUCAAAUCCAAUGAAAUAAACCACUUCCUCUGUGAUGUCAUGGCUCUGAUGAAACUUUCCUGCGGUGGAAGUAAUGUCUUAGACCGCCUGAUCCUCAUUGAAUCUGUCUUUGUUGAAAUCAUUCCCUUAUCUUUGACUCUUACCUCUUAUAUUUACAUAAUCAAAGCCAUACUGAGGAUUCGGUCCACCAAGGGCAGGAGAAAAGCUUUCUACACCUGUUCCUCUCAUCUCACUGUGGUUGUCAUCUUCUAUGUGACCGUUUUUUGCUUGUACACUAAACCCACUUCUGCGUUGUCUGCAGAUUCUGAUAAACUCUUCUCUUUGUUGUAUAUAGCUGUCACACCAAUGUUAAAUCCUCUUAUUUACUGCUUAAAGAAUGAAAAAUUCAAGUUAGCCUGGAACUGUAUCUUGAGUAAAAUUAGAAAUCAGAUUUGUGGUUAUUGA